AAACGACAACACGUGUGGAGGAAGAGAAGCAUGUGUCACAGGAGCCUUGUAUUCUUGCUUCAAUUUGGAUACUUAUGGGAUUAAAACGAAGAUUAAUGCACCGAAUUUAGUGAAUAUAUAUUAAAAUGAAGUUUGCUUAUAGGUUUUCCAAUCUACUGGGCGCAGUCUAUCGUCAGGGGAAUUUAAAUUUCUCCAAAGAUGGCAACACCGUAAUCAGUCCGGUUGGGAACAGAGUCUCUGUCUUCGACUUGAAAAACAACACAUCUGAGACAUUGCCCAUCUCCACUACAAAGAACAUCACAUGUGUCGGUCUCUCUCCAGAUGGCAACUUGGCAGUAGUUGUUGACGAAGAUGGUGCGGCCCUGUUGAUCAGUCUCCUCACACGGGCCAUCCUUCAUCAUUUCCACUUUCACAAGCCUGUGAGCAGCAUCCGCUUCUCACCUGAUGGCAGGAAGUUUGUUGUCACAAAGGAGAAUGUAGCUCUGAUGUACCACGCUCCCGGGAAGCAGCGGGAGUACAAUGCCUUCGUGUUGGACAAGAGCUACUAUGGUCCCUAUGACGAAACCACCUGCAUUGAUUGGACAGACGACUCCAAGUGUUUCGUGGUGGGCAGCAAAGACAUGUCGACAUGGGUGUUUGGUGCCGAGCGCUGGUCCAACCUCAUCUACUACUCCCUGGGUGGACACAAGGACCUGAUUGUGGGCUGUUUCUUUGAGAAGGACAGCCUGGAUCUGUACACUGUGAGCCAGGACGGGACGCUGUGUAUCUGGGAGAGCGACACUGAGCUGGAUGGCCUCAUCCUGAAGAGGAGUCAGGACAACCCUAAGCCACUGAGACAGCGUGAGGAAGGGGAGGAGGAGGGGGAGGAAGAGGAGCAGCAGGAAGGGGAAGUGAUCAGAGGGAAAGCUGAACUCCCCAAAGAGAACAAGAUGAAGAAUGUGCGAUACAAGCAGCUGAGCAAACAUUUCUUCAACAAGGAGGGCGAUUUUAACCAUUUGACCUGCACUGCCUUCCACAAGCCUACUCACAUCCUUGUCACUGGUUUUGCCUCUGGCAUUUUCCACCUGCAUGAGCUUCCAGAAUUCAACCUGAUUCACUCCCUCAGUAUUUCAGACCAGAGAAUUGCUUCAGUGGCUAUAAACAGCUCUGGGGACUGGAUUGGCUUUGGCUGCUCAGGCAUGGGUCAGCUGCUGGUGUGGGAGUGGCAGAGCGAGUCGUACGUCUUCAAGCAACAGGGACACUUCAACAACAUGGCCUCAUUGGCCUACUCGCCCGACGGACAGUACAUUGUAACAGGAGGAGACGAUGGCAAAAUCAAAGUGUGGAACACCAACAGCGGCCUCUGCUUCGUCACCUUUACCGAGCACACCAGCAGCAUCACCAGUGUCACCUUCACCUCCAGCGGUUUCGUCAUUGUCAGUGCUUCUCUCGAUGGGACGGUCAGAGCGUACGACCUGCACAGAUACCGAAACUUCAGGACGUUCACCUCACCUCGCCCUGCACAGUUCUCCACCCUGGCAGUCGAUAAGAGUGGAGAACUGGUGAGUGCAGGAGCCCAGGACUCGUUCGAGAUCUUCCUCUGGUCCAUGCAGACAGGCAGACUGCUGGAGGUCCUCGGAGGUCAUGAGGGUCCAGUCAGCGGCCUGUGUUUCAGUCCAGUCCAGUCAAUCCUUGCCAGCGUCUCGUGGGAUCGCACAGUGCGGCUGUGGGACAUGAUGGACAGCUGGCAGGUCAAGGAAACAAUUCCUCUAACCGCUGAUGGCCUGUCAGUGACUUACCGCCCUGACGGUCAGGAGUUGGCCGUGGCCACUCUGAACGGUGAGGUCUCCUUCUGGAACCCACACACGGCCACACAAACCAGCUCCGUGGCCGGACGCCACGACCUGGAGAUUGGCCGCAAAGAGACGGAUAAAAUCACAGCCAAACAGUCCGCCAAGGGCAAGUCCUUUACGUGUCUGUGCUACUCUGCGGACGGGGAGUCCAUCUUGGCCGGAGGUCAGUCCAAGUUUGUGUGCAUCUAUAACAUCAAGGAGCAGAUGCUCAUGAAGAAGUUUGAAAUCUCCUCCAACCUGUCCUUCGACGCCAUGGAGGAGUUCCUGGACAGGCGGAAAAUGACUGAGUUCGGCAGCCUGGCUCUGGUGGACGAGGGAGCUGGAGACGGGGACGGAAUCAACAUUAGCCUCCCUGGAGUCAGGAAAGGUGACAUGAGCUCUCGUCACUUCAAGCCAGAGAUCAGAGUCACCUCACUGCGGUUCUCCCCAACUGGUCGCAGCUGGGCAGCCACCACCACCGAGGGCCUGCUGGUCUACUCCCUUGAUGGCUCCAUGGUGUUCGACCCCUACGAUCUCGACAUGGAUGUGACACCGGUGAGCAUACGCAAACAGCUGCGCCUCCAGGAGUGGGCGUCAGCCAUCAUCCUGGCAUUCAGACUCAACGAAAAGGCCCUGAAGCAGGAGGUGCUGGAAACAGUGCCACACGAGCAGAUCCCAGUGGUCUGCAGCUCCCUUCCUGACAUUUACGUGGAAAAGUUGCUGGGAUUUGUGGCGGCGUGUCUGGAGAAGUCGGGUCACCUGCAGUUCUUCAUGACCUGGGCCCAGAACCUGCUCAUGCUUCACGGACAGAAACUCAAGAACAGGUCAGGAGCCAUACUGCCCACUCUGCAGGCUUUGCAGAAGAGCAUCCAGAGACACUAUGACAACCUGACCAAACUGUGUGACUUCAAUAUGUACAACAUCCGGUACACUGUGGCCCUGUCGAAGCAGAGGGGUGUAAAGAGAGCAGCUGAGGAUGAGUUGGAGGUGGAGGAGGAGGAGGAGGAGGAGGAUGACGAAGGACUCGUCUCUGAGGAGAUGAGUGAAGCCUCUUUUGGUGAUGCAGAGAUGAUUGUGUCCUGAUGCCACUGAAGACCUCCAUGCCAUUAAUCAUCCCAGAAUAAUAAUGUUGGACUGUAAAAGAUAUAAGGUUUCUGUGAAAACACAUGAUUCUAAACUGUUUUUUAAUAAAUUUGUAUGUAAAUAUA